ACCGCGCGCAGCUCCACCAGAAAAAAAAAGUGUAGCCUCCCGCUCAAGCCAUCAUCGGCAAUGCGCGGACAGACAAGGCGAUAUUCCUCUGCCCUCCAAAACCAAACGAAGAGCAAACAACAACGCUUUUACCGGUGACACUCUUCGGUCAUUCGGUAAUAUAAGGUAGUCCGUUUGUAACGCAAAAUGGCUCAAAGCGGAUUAAAAGAAGGCUUUUGUGUAAUGUGAUACUGGGAGACUGACGCUUGUUCAUGUUUCACGGAUGUUACAGUUUUUUUUGCCUCUGUAGGGUUGUAUGUUAGCAAUGGAUCUCUAUCCCUCUUCGGAGUCUGUUAUGCGGAUAGGGAGGGAGUCGUGCCGUUUGUUCCCCUUGUGCUCUAGCUGUUGAUAGCUAGCCUCCAAAGAAAAUAACAAUGAACUGAAUCAAACAGUUUUGUUUUAGGCUUUUACCCUGCUGAUAUUUUAAAGACACACCCGGGAACAUUUUGUAUUUGUUGAACGAACCUUUUGUUGAAACUAGACAAACAUUUUGGGAUCACCAGCAUCUUUGGGCAGUGGUGCAUUGAGGCGACACAACAAUGGGAUUAACUUUGACCAUUGACUGAGAAUUGUUUUUAAAAGUUAAUUUAUCUCAGAGAAUAUAGUGGUGAGUUUUUGGACAGAGCGCAUAUUUGCGCGAAAUUUGGAUGACUUGACAAUCUACCUGCCUAAAUUUGUGGAGAAGACCAUUGUGAGGACUCGCCGGGCAAUCGCAUGUGUCCAGUCUAGUUGGUCUGGUCUAGAACGGCUUCAUCACUGGAACACGACCACACAAAGCCUGCUAGAAAAACGAUGGCGAAUGACUCGAUGCAAAGUGACCCAGGUGGGCUGUCCGUCUUAGAGCAGCUGGGUCUGGACCAGAGCUCGGACUUCUCAGACACCACGGUGCAGCAGCGUCUGGAUGAGCAGAGGGAGAGGAUCCGCAGGGAAAUCAGGAAGGAGCUGAAGAUCAAGGAGGGGGCUGAGAACCUCCGCAGGGCCACCACCGAUAAGAGGAAUGCCUCUCAGGUGGAUUCCCAACUACGCAGCUCCAACCGUAAGCUGGAAGACCUGCAUGCUCAGUUACAGGAGCUGGACGCUCACAUCAUGGUCAAGGGAGGCGACGACAACAAGGAUGACCCACCCCAGUCCCCGGGGUCGGAGAGCCGCUCGUCAGCAAGCCAGUACCGCAUCGCCGCCCUGGAGAGACAGCUCAACAUCGAGCUCAAGGUCAAACAGGGAGCCGAGAACAUGAUCCCCAUCUAUGCCAACGGAUCCACCAAGGAUAAGAAGAUGCUGCAGACGGCCCAGCAGAUGCUGCAGGACAGCAAGACCAAAAUCGACAUCAUCCGCAUGCAGAUCCGCAAGAACGUGCAGGCCUCUGAGCACACCGAAGACACACAGGGUAACCAUGACAUGUGUGGUGUGGAGCUGCGUAUUGAGGAGCUGAGGCACCACUACAGAGUAGAACACGCUGUGGCAGAGGGAGCUAAGAAUGUCCUCAGACUACUGGGGGCAAGCAAGGUCCAGGAUAAGAAGGCCCUGUCAGAGGCCCAGUGUCGUCUGAGCGAGGCGUCCCAGCGGUUGGACCUCCUGAGGGACUCUCUGGACCAGCGUCUGGCCGACCUGCCGGAGGACCACCCCAAGGCCUGCCUCAUCAAGGAGGAACUAGUCCUGGCCUCCUCCCCGGCCUUCAGCUCCCGCCACAGCGCCCCCUACUUCCACAACCAGUACAGCACACUUAGCAAGCCCUCCCCACUUACUGGUACUCUCCAGGUGCAGUUGCUGGGCUGUGUGGGGUUGUUGGAGGAGGUCCCGGGGCGCAGGAAGGGCACGGCGGUCAUGCUGCCCUGCUACAGCCCUGGGGAGGGACGCUCCUUCAUGAACCGCAGCAGCAAGAGCAUCUACGGACGCAGUGGGAGCGUCAGCGGCAAGACACCCUGCAAGACUGACGAUCUCUCCUCGGAGGUGAGUGCGGUGUUAAAGAUGGAUAACUCAGUGGUGGGUCAGACAGCCUGGAAGAGUGUAGGGGAGCAGGCCUGGGAUCAGACCUUCACUGUGGAGCUGGAGAGGUCCAGGGAGAUGGAGAUAGCAGUGUACUGGAGGGACUACCGCUCGCUGUGCGCUCUCAAGUACCUGAAGCUGGAGGACUUCCUGGACAACCAGAAACAUAGAGUUCAGCUGGAGCUGGAGCCACAGGGGCUGCUUCUAGCUGAGGUGAUAUUCUUCAACCCGGUGAUUGAGAGAGUCCCACGCCUUCAGAGGCAGAAGAAGGUCUUCUCCAAACAGCAUGGCAAGGCUUUCCUGAGAGCUCGUCAGAUGAACGUCGACAUCGGGACCUGGGUCCGACUCCUGAGGAACGCUAUCCCCACUGUCAACAACACAGGAACCUACAGCCCCAAUGCACACAACCUCAACUCUGGGGAGAUCUCAGUGGAGAAACUAAGUCUGGACAGUGACUCUCCAAUCAGGCAUGAUUACAGAAGAGACUCUGAUAAUAACACCCCGGAGCGGUUGCCAGUGAUUGAGCCCUUCUCUCCCCCAGACCUCACCCCUGAUCGCCCUGCCCAAACCCCCCCUCUGAGCAGUAAACAUAAGAAACCCCUGUGCCUCCAGGACUUCAGGCUGAUCGCCGUGCUGGGCCGGGGACACUUUGGGAAGGUGCUGCUGUCAGAGUAUAAGAAGACAGGAAGUAUAUACGCCAUCAAGGCCCUGAAGAAAGGAGAUAUUGUUGCACGGGACGAGGUGGAGAGUCUGAUGUGUGAGAAGCGUAUCUUUGAGACGGUGAACGUCUCCCACCACCCCUUCCUGGUCAACCUGUUUGCGUGUUUCCAGACCCCGGAACACGUGUGCUUCGUCAUGGAGUACACGGCUGGCGGUGACCUCAUGAUGCACAUCCACGCUGACGUCUUCACUGAACCACGGGCUGUGUUCUAUUCAGCCUGUGUGGUUCUGGGACUGCAGUUUCUCCAUGACCACAAGAUUGUGUACCGAGACCUUAAACUAGACAACUUACUGCUGGAUAUAGACGGAUAUGUAAAGAUUGCCGACUUUGGACUCUGUAAAGAAGGGAUGGGCUAUGGGGACAGGACCAGUACGUUCUGUGGGACUCCAGAGUUCCUGGCCCCUGAGGUCCUGACAGACACCUCCUACACCAGAGCAGUAGACUGGUGGGGCCUGGGGGUCCUCAUCUAUGAGAUGCUGGUGGGAGAGUCGCCCUUCCCUGGUGACGAUGAGGAGGAGGUGUUUGACAGCAUCGUGAAUGACGAGGUCCGCUACCCACGAUUCCUCUCCACAGAGGCCAUUGCCAUCAUGAGGAGGCUGUUGAGGAGGAACCCAGAGAGAAGGUUAGGCUCUGGUGAGAAAGAUGCUGAGGAGAUAAAGAAACAGCCUUUCUUCAGGGGUCUGGAUUGGGAGGCCCUGCUACAGAGGAAGCUUCCUCCUCCCUUCGUUCCCUCCAUCAAGGGUCGGGAGGACGUCAGCAACUUCGACGAGGAGUUCACAGCCGAGCCUCCCGCCCUGACGCCGCCGCGCGAGCCCCGCACGCUCUCCCGCAAAGACCAGGACAGCUUCUGCGACUUCGACUACGUCUCCGACCUCUGCUAGGGGUCGAGAGGUCGUGACCUCUAUCACAUCGUCAUAUGAGGGUCAUGGGGUCACGGCAGUCUGCAAGGGUGGUCUGCUGCAUCCACCACACUGUGAAUGUGAUGUGAGAAACUGAGAAGGGUCGGUCUGUAGUGUAGUCUAUGUCUGUCUGUGUGGGGGGAUAUGAACUAUUGGAGAUUAAUGCAGACCCAGGCCAAGACCCUGUGACUGUGUUGCUAUGUACACUCUGUGGCUGUGUUUUUUUUUACACUGCAGCAGCAUCUCACACAACUGUGAGAAGGAGCCCGUCAAGAGGACAAGUGGUUGAUGGGAAAUUAAGUUCUGUUACGAUGAGAGACACCAAUGACUAUGGUUUCCAAAUGUUUUUAGUUUUUUCUAUAUAAACUGUGACGCCCGCUAAGCUUGUGCCACCUCCUCCCUAUCUAGAACACUCCAAUGGCUGUGUCCUUACAAUAACUUGUCAUAACAUGUGUAACUUCUACUACACAGUCAACCCCUUUAACUUUGCCUUCCAGUUCCACCCUCCUUUGUGCCAGUGUUGUAGUCUGCUCUGAGGAUAGAGGAGGAUCUCCAUGUAACUUUCAGGGUUGGGGUCCAUUUCAAUUCAGUCAAUUCAGGAAGUCAAUUGGAAUUGGAAUUUCAGUUUAUUUCCUGAAUUGAAAUGGAAUGGACCCCAACCCUGGUUCCUUCAUACUGUGACAAAACAAAAAUAAUAUUUGGGAGAGGGUGUGGUGCAUGGCUUGAAAUGAUGCCUUACAUUUCUACUGGGAUCUAUAGAAAUGCAUUUCAUUUUGUUAUUUUGUGGUCCUUAGUAACCAACUGUGGUCCUUAAUAAGGGUGAUAAUGUUUUACAUAAAUGCUAAGAGGAGAAAAGGAAGUACCUCCAUCUGCCUAUCAAAAUGGUCGCUUGGAGGAAGUUGAAUCAACAGUGUGUAGAAUCAUCUAUAUAUGUACUCUACAUUGUUACAGUGUUGUGAACGAUCACCCAUCAAGUUACCCAAUGCUAGUCUUGUGUCAACAAAAGGGGUAAAGAACCACUGCUUGUGAGGAACGGUCAAUUCUGAUCCAACCAGAUCACAAUGGGCUGUUGUUGCCCUUAUAACAUUCUUUAAAAUGUUCUUUUUUUAUGGGAUUUUAAAAAAUGUAGGACGACAAUGCUUUUGGUUCUGUUUUUGGUUGAUAAUGAUGAUGUUGUUGAGAAAAGCAACAGAGAGCGUUAUUGAAUUUAUCCUGUUGCCUUUUAAUUGGUCCAGUCUGUGAAUUUUAUAUAAGGGUGUGUCAUGAUGGGGCAGUCUACACCUGUGCCAUUUGGUCAUAUUUGAACACACACACAAAAAGGCUGAAGGAUGCUAGUCUCGUUCCAAACACUUAAAUAUUCACACGAACGUACACCCACACAAAUGUGUACACACACAUACACACACACUGAGAGACUUUAAUGCUCAAGACACUCAAAUUCAAUCAGUGGCAUGAAGCGGAAGGAAACACAUCCAAGCAAUGAAUCAUGCACAAUGCUUCUCCAGGUUGAAGUGACCAUUAAGAAUGGGUCUAGGAUCAGUUUAUUCUAACCUCAUCCAUUAGGAAGUGAAAAGAAAACUGACCUUAGAUCAGAACUUAGAGGCAGCUUCAUCCUCCAACUACAACACAUGCUCAUCUGCAGAAGUCAAUAGAAAUCAAACUGUACCUCCCUUGUCUUUGUGUAUGGGGGUGUGUUGUGAAUCAUGUUUGUCUGGCUGCAGACUACUUAUCUUGUGUAGGACUAUACAAAAGGAAGUGAAAGUAUGAGAUGAGUUAUUUAUAAAGAAAAUCUGGUGAAAAAACCUG